AUGGCUGGAGAACGCAGCCUGCAGCAUUGCACGCUGUUAGCAGGAGGUGACAGGAGUUUAUCCGCCCAGGAGCAGGUGACAGACACUGUGCCUGAGUUGGGGCUAGUGGACAGUCUGGAAGUGAGGUUCCAGGCUGCCACUGUUGCUGCUCAGAGCUUCAAAGGGAAGCCACAAGAAGAGGAGGAAGCAGAGGCCCAAGCAGAGGUUGAGCUCAGCGGCGUGCCCUACUUCUACCUGAGCCCGCUACAGCUCUCCGUGAGCAACCUGCAGGAGAAUUCGUAUGCUACACUGACCAUGUCUUUAGCACAGACUGACUUCUGCAGGAAACAUGGAUUUGAUCCCCAAAGUCCACUGUGUGCUCACACGAUUCUGUCAGGGACUGUGACCAAGGUGAAUGAAACAGAAAUGGACUUUGCAAAGCAUUCAUUAUUCAUUCGACACCCUGAGAUGAAAACCUGGCCUUCCAGCCAUAAUUGGUUCUUUGCUAAGUUGAAUAUAACCAAUAUCUGGGUCCUAGACUUCUUUGGUGGACCAAAAAUAGUGACACCUGAAGAAUAUUAUAAUGUCACGUUUCAGUGAAGCAGAAUAUGGUGAAUUUAACCACACAUGUGAAGUUUCUUGGGAUGGCUCAUACAAACUUAAAGGGCUUAACAUUUCUCUGGAAAGUUUCCCAGAAUAUUAACCAGUUUUCUGUCACAUGCUGGUUUGCUUGCUUGCUUGCUUGUUUAUGGAAUAGAGUUGGACUGUUACUGGAUUUCUUAGAAGAUGUGUUUGCUAGAUUUUUUUUCCGUAUUUUGAAGCAAUUUUCAUAGAGGAGUGUCUUUCGUUAAAAUCAAAGAAGUUUUGUUCCAUCAAUUCCAUGUAUUUUCCCAGUGGUGCUCCUUGAAGAGGAACAAGAGCCAGGUUGACAUUGCCCUUGGCAUUUGAUGGCACCUGAGUAUGUGUUCUUUGUUUCUGGAAUGCGCUAUGCUGGUUAGAGGGCUUGACUUGCCACAGCUGCCUCCUGAGCUGCCUGAAGCUGGUGCAGCGGGGUUGGCUUCUGUUACGGUGCCUGAAUAAAUCUUGCCAAAACAGACAGACAAUGAUGAAACACAAAUAGAAGUUUCUACUCAUGUUGGUUUGUAUCUGACAAUCUUGGGUAUUGUUGAUCCAACAUAGGGCAAAACUAUUUCUUAUAAAGAAUUUUUUUGAAAAAGUUUUACGUACUAAAAUGAUGCUUAUCUGGAACAAAAGAAGUUCAAAAAAUUUUUCAUGAAUUUGAUUUCCCCACCUAAAUGGAGACUGUGUAAUCAAAACACACACAUACAGGUACAUGUUACUAUUAUUUUUUCCCCAAAAUGGGAUUGCAAAAGAAAGAGAGAAUGAAGGGAGUUUUUAUAUUUCUGGAAUUUUUUUAUAAGCAGAAUUAAGUCAGGCAUGGACCAGCUUCAGCCAGAGCCAAAAUCCCCCUCCCCAUCCUCUCUUUGUUAAGUAUGAGUUGUUAUAUUUGAAAACUAUGAAAUGAACUUAACUGAAAUCCAGCAAACAGCUUCUGUU